AUGUUGUUAUCGUCUUUCCGAAACAUCUGUUACCCUGCAGGUCAAAGCAUUCCCUUGCACUCUGGUUCAACCCAGCAUUCAGCAGGACACUCGUGUUUGACUCUCCUCAGUAAAUAUCCUACUUUGAUCUCUGGCGUUUAUUGGAUUGAUCCUGAUGGUGGAUCCCAGGCCAACGCUUUCAAGGCUUACUGUGACAUGGAGACUGAUGGAGGAGGCUGGACACUAGUGUGGAGCUAUUCCUUCACUAAUUAUAGUCAUUUUACGAGCAAAUCAAAUGCAAUCACUCCGAGGCCAAAUUGGCCGAUGAGACCCGAAGUGGAUGUUCCUAUCUCCACAACUCCUCCAUCAAAUGAAACAGACUACAACGCCAUAAACUUCUCACUCUGGAAACAACUCGGCAGACAGGUUCUCAUCAAGAGCAACGUAAACAACUGGCUGGUGUGUCAUCCGGGAAAUGGCAGUUUGGUUGAUUGGCAGGAAGGUGACGUCAACUGUAAGAUAAUUAAACUCGUGAUUGACCCAAGCAUAUCAUUUUCUUCUGCGCCUUCUGAGUUUUCGCCGAACCGAGCCUAUGGACCGCUGUUCUACCUGAGUACACCCUGGGGGAGCAUUUCCUAUUACUUUGAUGGUUUUACAGGAAAUCAUUGGCCUACCCAUGAUCCUAGUGGAAGCAAUAGGCCUAACCAAAAGAAGAAUGUUGUUAAUCCACAUGGAAACAUUUUUGUUCGACCUUGAAAAUAUUAAAGAUGCAUUAGUAUAUGAAAUAAAUGGCAUAAAUAAAAAGUUAAAUAUCACUUUGAAGUUCAAGCCGGCUGAUGACUCGCAAUUCAAAUUAAGUGUUUUGUAAACAUUUUUUCUUUAAAACGUUCAAUACACAUUACUUUUAAAAAUAUUCAGACUGAAAUAUUGACUUCGGCAUCUACGUUAUUAUUUUGUUUCAUCUCAAAUGCGUUUGCGAGGCCGGUUGGUAACAAUAAUUUUGCUCUAGGACACACAUUUUUAAACAUUUACAUUUUCAUUUGUACUCAAAACAUUUAAGUUUCCUUGCUAGGUGUUUCAAACAACUUUACUGCAGUUAGAUGUUCAGUUUUAAUUCGUCUUCCACUAAUUUUUUCGUCAUUCAUUUUUCCGUUGAAGCCUUUUGGAUGUUCUUCCCAAAUGCUGUUUAUUUAUAGAAGUCAUGAUAACUGCAUUAUCAACCUGCUGGGCUUUUGUUUUUCAGUUUAAAGUCAAAAAAGAGUUGUGGAGUAAUUGGAAACGUAUUGUAAAGAAAACAAAAUUUCAAAGCUGUAUUUCUCUAUUUAAAUAGGAAAAUAGACUUUCAGACGAAGAUCACGUGCACGGAAUCAGCAAAUUUGAACUAAUAUAUAUCGAAGGUGCAGAUUUAUUCACAAAGGUUUCUGUGUGUCGCGCGGUGUUUUGCCAUUAAAAGAAAAGAGCGAGUUAAAAUUCCCUUUCUGGAUUGUUUUACAAUUUUCUCAACAAGAAGGCAAUUUAUAUGUUUCACACGUUUACUAAAGAAAAAAAUUUGUCGUGAGAUUCUCUCGACAUAUGUUAUUUCAAGUCGAGUACCGAUUUGCAUUGGUCUUUGCUCUUAGCGGCAAAUAUUGACAAACAGAAGUUUGUUGGAACAUCAAGUUUUGUAUCCAAAGGUACAUAAAAUGUUCCCUUGGAGGUGCACGCCACCGAUAAAUAUGAGCACAUUUAUUAAUCAUUAUAGUAUGCAUUGUUUAACUCCAAUACAGGUCGAACUCCCAGAAAGAACCAACUCACCCCAAGGUGAAAGCCACAAAUUCUUAUUGAUAAGUCUUGAUGCACCGAGAUAAACUUGAAUCUUUUACAUUUUCCUAGUUCACCAUCUCUACCCGGUUUUAGUGUCACCCUUUUCCACCUCCUCCAUGACCCUUCCUUUCUUAUCGUUGCCAUUUUUAGGUUUUCUUUCGCACUAAAAAGUUGUGAGCAGUCUUCUAAGUUUCGUUCGCCGUCAAAACACGACACGAAAAGUCGGAACGUAUACAGCUACUUAGAAUAGUUUCGAACGACUCUAGGGCCGCUUAUUGGUAAAGUAUCAUUGAUCAGACAAAGUUCAUAGAGAGGAAAUGUUUUGAGUCUAAUAAUUGUCUGAUACAGCUCAAUGGAAUUGUGAAAAAAGUCUGUAAAAGCGUAUGCCAGUAAACAUAAGGCUGGUCUUCGGGGCCUUGCUGUCGGAAACUGUAGACGAUCAUUUCGUCGUUGUUAUGUUAUACUAAGAGACCAGACACACGUUGAAAAGAAAACGGAAACUCGGGAUUAUGAUCUUUCUUUUGUUAGGGUAAAAGGUCGUCAUAUAUCUUCAGCUCGUUAAUUAAAAAGGUGCAGAUUUAUUAGGAAACGUGUGUUAGUGCGUUUUUGACAACACUUUCCCAUAUAAAUGCUAUUCAACGCAUAACUGUAAACGAAAACAAAAAAUUGCGCUAUACAUCGGAUAGAGAUUUAUCUAGUGGAUACCUAUGUCUGCCCUUCGAAGAACCGGAGCCAGGUCUAUAUCCUUUUAUAUAUAAUUAUAUAUUACCACUGUCCUAUUUGACUGAGCGCUCGCAUAGCUUUUAUUACUAUUUUGACGGUUACACAGGGAAGCAUUGGUCUGCCCAUGAUCCUAUGGGAAGAACAGAGCCAAACCAAAAGAAAAAUGUUGUUGAUCCACACGGUAACAUUUUUAUUCGAGCCGAGUGGCAAAGACAUAGUAAUAAAACCACACAUAUAUCUUUCAGAGGUGAUUGAAUUCUUAAAAUCAUUGCAUCCGAGAACUGGCAGCUUGGCUGAUUGGAGGGAAGAUGACAUCAGCUGUCAGGUCAUCAAGCACGUGACUGACACGUGAAAAGAUACACCGGCAUCUUUAUUUUUUGAACGGAUAAUAAGCUGUGGACCGAUUUUCUAAGCCGUCAACCCGUACUAUUAUUUUCGUAUCAAGAAAAGCGGAUCGGACUAAAGUUGAGCAGCUUUGUUUUAAGACUAACAAUGACCGUAUAUGGCCACUUUGGAACAAUGGCGGGUUAACGGUUCCACAGGGUGUAACUGGCUUGUCCAUGAUCAGAGAGCAUUUCAUUUGUUAAAUUAGUCUAUGAAAGUUAGUUGCUCUGUAAUGAGCACCUGUUCCCGUUAUCCGUAUAUUUCUUAUAGCACAUUUACCCAGGGAAGGGUAUACAAAACAGUCAUAAGGAAAAUUCAAGUAAAACAAAUUCAUAUUGCUUGAUUAGUUAUUCUUACUUAAAGACACAGAGAAUGCCCAACCCCUGAUGAUAUUUUAAUAAAUCAGCUGCAGUACCAAGAUAGUACAUUCUCUUGAAAAUACUGUCAAAUAAAAUAAUUAUUACAAUUUGAUUUAAUUGAUUUAUGUGAAUAAAACGUUGUCUUGUAUUGUCAAUAAUGUGAACCUUUUCUUUAUAGGGGUUGAUCGCGAUCUUUAAGUUAAGUCACUACAGAUUCUCGCUUCCUCAUAUUAAAAUCAUUCAUUGACAAACCUAAGAUUUUUUCUCGUAUCACAAAAUUACCACUUGACUCUCCUCCGCAAAUAUUCUGACAGAACGUUAUUAUUUAAUCAAUAUACUUGCUGCUGUUCCCUGAGGGAAAAUCCUUGUUUUUCGGAGUGUAUAUCUAAUAUUUAUAAAUUUUUGCGAUAUUAUUGUUUCUACUUUAUUAAGUAAAAACGAACGAAUAAAAGCAAAAACAAACAAAAGACAUCAAGAAAAAAAAGCAGAACGAAAAGCAAAAUAGAAAUCAUUAAAAAUCACAGGGAGGGAUCCUUUCACUUCUAGCAAAUUCUCGGCACUAUUUGGUAUCUGUACAUUUAGACUGCCCUUUUAGUACGUUUUAUAACGGUAGCCAACCAUAUGCAUCAUCAUCAAACUUGUAAUUGAUCCAAUUUUCUCGCUGAAUUAUACAUGCCUUACUUUUUCAUUUCUAUUCAGGAAAGUAAUUCUUCUUUUCCAGUUGUUUCAUACAAAAGGCCGGUUUUUUUUUCAUGUCCGGUUUUAAUUUUUUCUCUUAACAAUUUUGUUAUUUUCUUAUUUUUAACUUUGUAUUUCAAAUUUUUUAUUUCUUCGCUGUUACAUAAAAGACCUUUUUUCAGCCUUCCGGUAUUUCCAUAUUCUGUUUACCUAGAAGUCAUGAUGAUUGUAUUAUAAACCUGCAGGACUUGUGCAUUUCAUUUAAAAUGUCAAAAUAGAGUUGUGGAGUAAUUGGAAACGUGUUCUUAAGAAAACAAAAUGUCAAAGCUCUAUUAUUAUAUCCAAAUAGAAAAAUUGACUAUCACGCGAAGAUCACGGAAUCAUUAAAUUUAUAAUUUAUAUUAACGAUACAGAUCUGUUCACAAAGGUUUCUGUGUGUCGUGCGGUGUUUUUCCAUCAACAGGAAAGGGUGGGUUAAAAGUUCUGUUGCUUUCUGAUCUUUCUGUCUUGUUUGACCAUUUUGUCUAUAGGCAAGUAAUUCAUAUGUUUUAUACGUUUACUAACUAUACAUAUUGUCUCAAGAUUCUCUUGACAGAUGUUACUUCAAGUCGAGUACCGAUUUGCAUUUGUCUUGUUCUUAACGGCAAAGACAACCGAAGGAGCCGAAAAUGGUGUUUUCUUUCAAAUCAAAGAAAACAAAUUUUUCACCUUUGGAGAAGAAAGCCCUUUUUGGUCUGGGGCUGAUUCUUUGCUUUCCUGUUCUGUUUUGUGUGCGAGGCAAGCUUCUUGCAGAGGUGCAAACUUUCUGCAAAAAGCAGGACAUUGUUAUCUUCUUCGCGACGAAAUGCAAACUAGUUCAGCAGCUGGGCGGCUUUUAGAGCGAGAUGGCUCUUUCUAUUUAAAAAAGGUAUUUCACAUCUAUUUUGUUUUACAUGUUAUAGUUUUCGGAUGACAACUUGCGAUUAUUUUAGCAUGAUCACGACCCAGAAAACCGUUGCUCGAUCUUUCCCAUCAGAGGGAAGACUUUUCACAGCAAAACUGAUUACUGUUAUCAUAAUUUCAAGAGACCGUCAAAAACUCUAUUAAAUUUAAUUUCAGUUUAAGAAAACUACGAAAAAGACCAGAGCGUUUAAUUCAUGGUGUGCCGAAGUAAUAAAAAAGGGAAAGUCUUAGAUGCAUGAAUAUUUAUAAAGAGCAACUCUUUAAAAAAAUAUAUUUUGACCUUAUCAACUGAGUUGAUAAUGUUAGUUGGCCGCCUUCAAGACUGUUAAGAGCUAACCUUUCAAGCUAUGGCCCUCCUUCAGCUUUAGAAACUCAAUGUUGGCCAGUUUGCAUUGACCCCACCUAUUUAACACCAGAGCUUCUUUCGAAAAUUACCCCCUUUAGCUAAAAAAUAGGGAAGACAUAACCAAUUACCAGAAGUUAAAUACAAAAUCAAGCUUAUCAUCCAAAGCACAUAAAACGUCCAGUUUUAAGCGGUAGCCACAGACAACUACGAGCACGUACAUUUAUUAAGCAAUAAGCCUUCAAGAAUUUCGUACGCAUGCGUAUGAGGUAUGGAUAUUAACUGAUAUGUAUUGUUUGACUCCAAUGCAGGUUCACCUCCUAGGAAUACCCAGUUCACCCCAAGGUGAGAGCGGCAGACUUGUGUUGAGAUUAAUAACUAGGGGACUGAUUUAAACUGCCAAAUUCCACCCUCUGAACCCCAACAUCGGUAUGCAUAUUCUGCAUAAACUGGUCUUUAUACUUUUCUUAAGGUACUGGCUAGGAGAAUUUGUUUAUCAAUCAAGAGCUUCGUUAGUUGGUGAUCGUUUCCUUUAUUAUCGUGAUUCUGGUUCAAGGGUGAUUUUGUAAAGAAAAAGAAAAUGCCAGGGGGCAUUCUUAGGGGUCAAGUUAUUAAUGAAAAGUUGAUGGCAGUUUCCCUAGCUUUCAUACCGCAGAAAAACACGACGCAAAAAAUUGUUGGACAUUACAUGGUUUUGAAAGACUGUGAUCAUGAUGUCGCAAUAAAGUUGGCAAACAACAAAAAUUUAAAAAAUGAGCAAUACUUGUCUGAAAUAUCGUUGAAUUGUCAGAUCGAUGAGCAGGUGAGGGAAUAAAAGCUGGAUAACGAAUUGGGGACAGAGAACUGGUCUUCAAUAACAAAAUCUUUACAAAACCAAGUUUUAAUAAUUGAAACACUUGUUAUCCAUUUUUUCAAAACUUUAUGACCCAAUAGGUCAAACCAUUCCUUUGCACUCUGGUUCAAACUUGCACUCAGUAGUAGGACAUUCAUGCCAGACCCUCCUUAGGGAGAAUCCUACUUCAAACUCUGGUGUUUAUUGGAUUGAUCCUUUUAAUGGAUCUCAGGCAAACGCUUUCAAGGUUUACUGUGAUAUGGAGACGGAUGGAGGAGGCUGGACAUUGGUAUGGAGCUAUUCCUUUACUUAUUACGGUCAUUUUAACAGUAAAUCGAAUGCAAUCACUCCGAGGCCAAAUUGGCCGGUGAGAUCUGAAGUAGAUGUUGCUAUCUCCACAACUCCUCCAUUAAAUGAAACGGACUACAAAGCCAUGAACUUCUCACUCUGGAAACAACUCGGCAGACGGGUGCUCAUUAAGAGCAACAUCAACAACUGGCUGGUGUGUCAUCCGGGAAGUGGCAGCUUGGUUGAUUGGCAGGAAGGUGAUGUCAACUGUACUAUCAUCAAACAGGUGACUGAUCCAAGUCACAAGGUGGUCCCUUCCAAAUUUUCAACAUCCAACAAAAUGGGUAUGGACCGCUGUUCUAUUUGAGUGUGCCCCGUGUAACUUUUAUUACUAUUUUGACGGUUGCACAGGAAAGCAUUGGCCUACCCAUGAUCCUCUGGGAACAAAUAAGCCCAACCAAAAGAAAAAUGUUGCUGAUCCACAUGGCAACAUUUUUAUUCGAGCCGAGUAG